CUCCUCUCGCUGUCUCUCCCUGGUCUGCAGCCUCCCAAGAACAGCCGCCGCAUCGUUUUUUCAGAGCGGCAGCCCCCUCCCUCCCUCCCUCCCUCUCUCUCUCUCUCUCUCUCUCUUUCUCGCUCUCCCCCUCUCCAUCUCCCUUUUGCACCACUGUGGGAAUGCAGCGAAAGGUAAACGAGUCGUAGAGUCCUUUCCCCCCCCCUUCUUUUUCUCUCCCUUUCGUCCUGUCCUCCCACCGACGGUGGAUCGUCGCAGACAGCCCCCCCCCACUAGCCCCCCCCCGCGGCGGAGACGCACGGCCGUCACACUCCAGGGAAAAUUCGGAGCGGUCGGCGCGGACGGGAUCGGACCCCUGGAUCAGUUGGAUUUAGACACAGGCUACAACCCCCCCUCCCCCCUCCCCUUCUGACGGGCGCCAUCCUCAUCAUCUCAUUUUCAGAUCACAUCGAAUCUUUUUUUUCUUUUUCCCCCCCCCCCCCCCCCCUCGUCCCCCCGCCUCUGGAUUACUGACAUCUGGAGCGGGCAGACGGGUCGCUGGGAACCGAGAGCGAUCACUCAAACUUGAAGUAGCCGACGUGAGACCCCCCCCGGUGGAGGGAGAGGAGCCUCUCUGAUGUACGCAGAGAGAAGUGGGGCCAAAAGAACUCCGACGCACCCCCACCCGAGAGAGUAAAGGAACAAGAAGUGCUUCGUAUUUUAAGGAACUUAUGCGUCCGAUCAUCGUCCAAUUGAGCGUGGAGACGGACGCUGCCGUGGCCUGGGUUGUUGUUUUACGCGCGGACCGACGCACGCGCUUGGAUUUACAGCUCCCGUCUGAAGCGGAUCGAUAUCCUUCUCCAUUCUUUUUUUUUUUUUUACGUCGGCUUUUUAAUAACAAGGGAGUGGAGCAUCCUGGGAUUUAUCGUCGCUUAGUUAGCGCGAAACUACAGUGAGCGCGCCCACCCCCCUCCCCACCCACACCCCCUUUCCUCCUUCUUGUCUUACUUGUCCAUAACCUGCGUGCUCGUGUGAUAGAUAGCCUGUAUAUUCUUGUGCAUAUUUGCGUGUGUGUUUGGUGUGUUGUCCGCCAGAGGGAGUGUCGGUGAUAUCACUACUGCAUGCAUUUCAGUGCUCUGCCAGUUUAAUUACCUCUAAUUAGGAGUCUGAGCGCUUGUGUUUGCUCGUGCAUUAUUAUCAUGUCUUAUGUUUGUGCAUGAAGGUAUCUAUAGGUGAGGCGUUGUGGGGGUACGUACUUAAGAUGCCCAGCGUUUCUCCGGCACCCCGUCCCCUUCCUCGUGAAUGCCCUUGUACCACCCGGCCACCUGUCUGACCCCCCCGCCUCUCGAACACCCUCCAACGAGACCAAACGAGCUCCGGCAGGAUGAGCGAGCGUUCUGCUGCCAGCAGUCUCGCUCCCAUGACACUGGAGGAGCCGGGGGCUGAACAGGCGUCCCCCAGGGUCCCUGGCCCUCUCCGCUGCGGCCCCUGCGCCGUGUGGCCUCGCCAGCAGACCUGGCUGUGUGCCGUGCCCCUGGUGAUGGGCUUCGUGGGACUGGGACUCAGUCUCAUGCUGCUGAAGUGGAUCGUUGUGGGAUCCGUCCAGGACUAUGUCCCCACUGAUCUUGUGGAUCCCAAAGGUAGCAUCGGACAGGACCCGAUAUUUCUCUCCAAACCCAGCGCCGUGCCCAAGGGCCCCGACAUUUCCACAGCCACCACCUCUUCAACGGCCUCCACCACGGCCAUGGUGUCAACGACCACGCCGCUGGCCGCCGACGGCACGGCCCCGGCGCCCAGAACUCGAUCAGGGCCACCGGCCAACCACUCGGCCAAUGGCAGCACCGCCAACGGAGACGGCAGUCGCGCCCCACACCUCCACAACCGCGUCGGCACCCGCAACAGCGGCACCGCGGUGACCUCCUCCACCACCCGCGCCACCCGCCUCACGCCGCCGUUCAGCGGCAAGGAGGUCACCCCACGCAGCACUGUCAGGAAGGGGAGCAGCCCCGGCAAUGGACGCGACGGAGCCGGCAACUCUAAGCCGGGGCAGGCGGGCGCCGCCGCCAUCACCACCGCGGCGUCCACUACGACUGCAGCUGCCGUGAAGCCCACCCCCAAGCCGCAGCCGACCACCACCCAGCAGGCGGUCCCGGUCAAGCCCACGCCGCGCUGGAAUCACGGGCGCCCAGGCAAAGGCCCGGCCACGCGCCCACACCACCGCUUCCGAACACCUGUGGCCCCCACACUUCCCAGUCUGCGCUCAGAGGUGUUCAAGCCGUGCGUGGAAGACAAGGAUCUGGCCUUCUGUCUAAACGAGGGAGAGUGCUCCAUCAUUGAAACUGUGGCCGGGGUUCACAGACACUGCAGGUGUAAAGAGGGCUACCAUGGACUACGCUGUGACCAGUUCGUACCCAAGACGGAUGCUAUCCUGUCCGACCCAAUGGAUGAACUUGGGAUUGAGUUCAUGGAGAGCGGCGACACUUACCAGCGGCAGGUGCUGUCCAUCUUCAGCAUUGCCUCGGGCAUCUGUCUUCUCGGAGUGGCGUGCAUGGCUCUCUACCGCCGCAACAAGAGACACAGGGAGAAACUCCAGGCUCAUUUCUCCGAGAGCCGCAGCCUGAGGGACAGCGGUGUGAACGCCUCCGGCCUCAUGUCCAAAUCCAGUCCCCGGCUCCAAUACAGCCUUCCCCUCCAAAAGGGCUGCCGUUCUCACGGAUCGUCUGUCAAGAGCAGCGGCGUGGCACCGGGCACAUCGACAGCAGCCCCACCCAUUCUCAUCAGAGCGCUGUCCAAAGGGAAACGCUUCAGGAGCAGUUCCCUUUCACUCAGUCCUGCCCGGCGACGGAGGGAGACGCUUUGCUUCAGGACUCCACCGAUUUCCACAGGGAAGCACAAAAUAUCCACGAAUCUCAUCGAAGGAUCCAGAGCGAAUGGCCACGUCUACAAACACCUGCAGGAGGACGAGCCAGCAGACGUGGAGUCCAUGAGAAGGUGUGACUCUGCCGGCGGAAAGACCGGCAUCCUCCUCGGCAGGUCCUCCCUCCCUCACUUCGCAACCAGAAAGGGAUGGACGGAGGUCCCGUGCACCCGUCUGGAUAAGGCCACUCCCUACCUUCCCCCUUCCCUGCGCACCCGUUCCGUGCCCAUCAUCCCCUCCCUCCAAGCGCGCGACCUCGACGGCGCCGACACGAGCGAGCGGAACCAACGGGAGCUCCCCAAGUGGCACCCCGGGUCGGCUGGAAAGACGGCGGAGGCCCCGGGCGGUUCUCCCUCCCCGCCGCGUGAGGGUGUGGCCGUCGUCGUUGCGCCGCUGCCCCGCUCCUUUGAAAUCCCCGUGGAGCCGGCGCAGGAAUUAAAACAGAAAGGCCUCUCCAGCCCGGCGAAAAUGCCCGGGUCUCAGAGCAAGAUCCACCGCGGCGGCUCGAACACUCCAGAGGCCGCGGCCGCGCGGGAGUCGGAGGGGAAUUGUCCCCGAUAUCCGGCCGGGGCUCCGCGCGCCGGCGGAGGGACCAGAGGUUUGAAGGCAGCGGGCCAGAGAGAAGCCCGGGGUCACUGCCGGGGUCAGACGUCCCACGCGGGCGGAGGCGCGAACUUCUCCCUGGCCGGCAAAGCGCCCGGCUGCAGAGGAGCCGGAGGCGCUCGCGCCAGCCCCUCUGCGAGCUGAUUGGAUUAACGCCGUAAAGACGCUGUUCCCGGUGACUGUACUGCGUGUUUGCCGGUGGCGCGGGAUGGUUGGGAGGCGGAAACUGUCUGUGAGGCCACGCGGACCGGAAACACACAGAUGGACGUCAAUUUUGAUGAAACAUGAACAGAUUGAACUGCAGACAACAACGACAACAAAAAAAAAAUACUGACGUCUAAUUAUAAAGAAGAAGAGACAAACAAAAACACAUGAAUAAAUGUGAAUAAAUGUGACUCGAUAAGGAAAACAAAACCAUGACUUGAGUGGGAGCUUGAACUAAACAGUGUAUUGAAAAAAAUGUCACUAUUUAAAAGGAGCUUCUACUUAGAAACCAAAAUAGUGUGUCAUCUCUGUUGUUUCUCUAUUGUAAAGAAAUAAAAUUAUAUAUGUCAUAUAAUAUAUGUCAUAUAGGCGUAUAUAUAUAUUUGACAUACAAUUGUGACAAAAUAAAGACUAAGAUAACAGUGUUAAUUAA